CAUGCAUUCACCUUCGCAGUAUUCCGCUCGCUCUGUGCCAUGGUGGCCAUUGUGAAGAUAUAUUGAAUCCUCAUCCAGUUCUCUCGCUCCGUACUCAAUAUAUCUUCAUGGUUUUGGCCUCCACCCCGCCCGCGUCUCCCGGCGCGGAGGCCCAACAGCGCCCAGCUCGGUAUCCCGGGGAGGAUACAACCCCGACCAGUCGGAAGGAGAUCUGGGGCUGGUACGCGUACGGAAUCGCAGCUGAGGUCUUUGCUGUUUGUGGUGUAGGCUCAUUCCUACCACUCACACUAGAGCAACUGGCCCGCGAACGCGGAACCCUGCUGUCGAGCCAUCUACCAUGCGUAGGCUCUAACUCGCCUUCUACAGCCCCUGGAAAUGGAACGGCUACAGCAACGCUCAGACGCGAUGGCACGGAUAAUGAUCAGUGUGUGGUCAGCGUGUUGGGGUUGCAGGUCAACACGGCCAGUUUUGCCAUGUACACGUUCUCGCUUGCGGUUCUCGUUCAGGCAUUGACCUUGAUCUCCUUCAGCGCGCUGGCUGACUACGAAAAUAACCGUAAAACGCUCCUCCUCGCUUUCGGAUUCAUUGGCUCGAUGACGAGCAUGUUGUUCGUCUUCAUCGCGCCACCAGUCUAUAUCCUUGGAUCACUUCUGGUCAUUGUCGGUGUGACUUGUCUUGGAUCAUCAUUCGUCGUUCUCAAUUCCUUUCUGCCUGUUCUGGUAGCCAAUGACCCAUCGAUUCAGACCGCACACAAGGAGGAAGGGGAAGAGUUAUCGCCCGUCAACUCAAGGCGAGAGUUUGGGCGAUCGGAAGAUCUUGACGAAGAAAACGGCAGGGAUUCUGACGAUCAUUUUACGACCGGACAUGGACCUAAGACAACAGCAGCGGGUUCGGCUUCACCUGAAUUACAACUGUCCACUCGAAUCUCCUCUAAAGGCGUUGGACUCGGCUAUUGUGCGGCCGUUUUGGUACAAAUACUCAGUAUCUUGAUGCUAUUCGCGCUGUCAAAGACAUCAUUACCGAAAACUUCGGGGACUCUGCCUCUGCGGUUUGUGCUUCUUCUGGUUGGAAUCUGGUGGUUCUCUUUCACCAUGGUCUCUCGGCGGUGGCUGCGGGACAGACCCGGGCCUCCGCUGGCUUCUUCAAAAGGAGCAGCGCGUAACAGCCGGUGGCGCAUCUGGCUGCGGCUGAUUGGGUUUGCGUGGAAGUCAUUGUGGAAGACGGUCAAAGUAGCAGUCAAACUUCGAGAAGUGAUCAUCUUCCUCAUUGCCUGGUUCCUCCUUUCAGACGCGAUGGCGACGGUAUCCGGUACAGCCAUUCUAUUUGCGCGCACAGAACUAAAGAUGAGCACGACAGCCGUCGGACUACUGUCCAUCACAGCUACGCUGUCAGGCAUGGCCGGGGCCUUUCUGUGGCCAGUGGUUUCGCGGCGGCUUCGACUCAAAUCCAAUCAUACUAUUAUGCUCUGCAUCGCCUUGUUCGAGGUUAUUCCUCUUUACGGCAUGCUUGCUUACAUUCCUCUCUUCAAGAAAUGGGGCGUGAUUGGGCUCCAGCAGCCAUGGGAGAUUUUCCCCCUGGGGAUUGUGCAUGGCCUAGUAUCUGGUGGACUGUCAUCCUACUGCCGCUCCUUUUUUGGUCUGCUAAUUCCCCCUGGUAGCGAGGCCGCAUUCUACGCUCUGUAUGCGGCUACGGAUAAAGGAAGCUCGUUCACUGGCCCUGCGAUUGUAGGUUUGCUGAUUGAUGCUACUGGUCAGGUGCGGUCGGGCUUUUUCUUCAUUGCAAUCUUGAUCCUACUCCCCAUACCGCUGAUCUGGAUGGUCAAUGCAGAGAAGGGACGGCAGGACGGGUUAGCCAUGGCAGACAUAUUAGAAAAGUCGCAUGGAGAGCAUGCCUCUGAGUAUGGAGGCCCUUCGGAAGAGGCCGAGGGACUGCUGGCCCGCAAUAUAUGAUCGAUUAUGCGUCAUGAUAAUGAUUAUGAUAGAACCCUAUAUAGAACAGUCAUAUCCCAGUGAUCCCCUUAGAGAUAUGGACUACUUUUGAACCACCAUGUUUCCGAGUCAAAUUCAUGCUGCUCUCAGGCCUCAGUCAUGGCUCAUUGAUGGUCGUUGGAUUGAAUUUUAAAGUCUAGUCAAAAUCACCAGAUUUUUACCAGGCAAUCUCCAUGAGAUGGCCGCAGCCAUGAGAACUGGGUUCUGAAAGUCGACGAAAAUCGAGAAGAGGGUUUGGGGUAGCUCAACCGCAGUAGGCCGCAUCCCCAAAGGUGCCUUAAAGACGCGUCGCCUCUGGUGAGCUCUGGUAGUGCUCCACGGCUGUCAGGAGCUGAGAGUUCUCCGAGAUGAGCGAGAAUGUUCAUGUGGAGGCAAACAGGGCAGAGUCGCUUUUUGGUACCCAUGUUCAAUCACUGAUACGAACGA